CUGCCCCGGAUCACGUGAGCAGCCGCCAUCUUGACCGUGGUGUGCGCCGCCGCCGCCUUUGCGAGGAGGAGGAGGAGAAGGAAGAGGAGGAGGAGGUGGUGGAGGAGGAGGAGCAGCAGGCGUGGUGGACCGGCUCUGCUUCGCGGAGGCGUGGCUUCCAAGCUGGGGGAAGGUUCUGUGGCUUGCGAGGGGAGGUGGAGGAGAUGGCGGCGACGGCGGCGCGGGAAGAUGGCGUCCGCAGCAGCCCGGAGCGAGGGCGGCGGGGCUGCGAGCACUAUGACCGCGGCUGUCUGCUCAAGGCGCCUUGUUGUGACAAGCUGUAUACUUGCCGGCUGUGUCACGACAACAGUGAGGACCAUCAGCUCGACCGCUUCAAGGUGAAGGAAGUGCAGUGCAUCAACUGUGAAAAAGUCCAGCAUGCCCAGCAGACUUGUGAAGAUUGUAGCACAUUGUUUGGAGAAUAUUACUGCAGCAUAUGCCAUCUUUUUGACAAAGAUAAGAAGCAGUAUCAUUGCGAGAACUGUGGAAUUUGUAGGAUUGGUCCAAAGGAAGAUUUUUUUCAUUGCUUGAAAUGUAACUUAUGCCUAGCUAUGAAUCUUCGAGGAAAACAUAAGUGUAUUGAAAAUGUUUCUCGGCAGAAUUGUCCAAUCUGCUUGGAGGACAUUCACACCUCCCGAGUUGUUGCUCACGUCUUGCCUUGCGGGCAUCUCUUACAUAGAACGUGUUACGAAGAAAUGUUAAAAGAAGGCUACAGAUGUCCGCUGUGUAUGCAUUCUGCCUUGGAUAUGACUCGGUACUGGAGACAGUUGGAUAAUGAGGUUGCACAAACCCCUAUGCCAUCGGAAUACCAAAAUGUGACUGUGGAUAUUCUCUGCAAUGACUGUAACGGACGAUCCACAGUCCAGUUCCAUAUCUUAGGCAUGAAAUGUAAGAUUUGUGACUCCUACAAUACCGCCCAAGCUGGGGGCCGAAGAGUUCCAGUGGAUCAGCAGUGAGCAGCCUGUCCCUGGCUGGAGAACAGACCUGUGAUGUAGAUAAAGCUCUGUGUAAAAGACCCUGUUGUCAGAAUAUGUCCUAACGAUGUGUUAGAUAUGUUUUAUUACCACUGUCGCAAUAGCAGGUGGUAUCAUAUGGACCUAAGGAUUCAAGAUCUCUGGAUGGAAUGAUCAUAGCUCUCACCUGAUGAAGCUUCUGCAGAUGUGUUGAUUGGAAAUUCCUUUAGUGUCAAGUUCUGAAGUCGAAGUCAAUGAUGUUUGCUCCAGAUAUAGGCACAUUCAUAGAAAUAUUUUAUAUUUUCAUGGACCUUUAAGUGACACUAUGCACGCAGAGUUCAUUUCUAGUUCUUGAUAGAACUGCAUUUAAUUAGUCUUUGAUUUUAAGGACUGUAAUAUAAUUUUUAAGUUCUUAUUGUUAAAAUCUAAUUACAUAUGCUUUUGAAUUGUCUAAGACAGUCCUUUGGGUCCAAAAGUGAAAUUUUAUGUAAAAAACAAACUACUAAUAAAAUUAUACUGAGAAAUGGAUUUACAGAA